AUGAAAUCUUCAGAUGGCCUAACUGGGGCAUGUCUGGUCAGUAUUCAAGUGCAGGACGCUAACGAUAACGUGCCUGUCUUCAGUGCUAUCAGGUACAAUAUCACCGUCCGCGAAGGAUACCGUCCUGCCGGACCGCUUCUAGUAGUCUCGGCUACUGACGAAGAUGUUGGGACUUUUGGCGAGGCUCAUGUUCAUAUCCAGGUUAUCGACUCUGAUGCAAAUGCUCCAGUAUUCACACAAUCCAGUUACCUCAUCAAAACCCCGGAGGACAUUCUACCUGGAAUAUCGAUUGGAUCGGUUUUGGCAACUGGGCCGGGAAUCAUACGUUAUAGAUAUCUGGACGCUGAUAAACAUGACCGUGUCGUUCUGAAUGUUCAGGCCGAAUUGUUGAAUGGCGCUACAAAUCAAACACAAGUGGUGAUUCUAAUUCAAGAUCACAACGACAAUUCUCCAAAGUUCCCAGUCGAUGUGCUGGAGAUUACUGUGAGCGAGAAUCAGUCGCUCCAUGAGCCAUUCUAUGUGGUACGCGCGACCGAUAAGGACAAGAAGAAGCCUAACUUCCAGAAUGGCGCCAUUCUGUACUCGCUGAUUUCCUCACAUCCUCCUUGUCCUGUGAUGGUGCUGCCAUUGACCGGACAGCUGCAGCUCACAGAACCGUUAGACUUCGAGAAAAUCAAGACGUACCGUAUUCGAAUUAAGGCUCAAGAUCAGGGAAUUCCACCACGUUCCGCGAACAUGACGCUGAUCAUCCACGUCUCCGACUUCAACGACAACCAUCCAGUCUUCGAAAAUAGUACUUACGAAGCCGAGGUGGCCGAAAAUUCUAUUCCGAUGACGGCUGUGCUGCAGGUGAAGGCACACGACGCAGAUUCGAGAGAGAAUGGCCAGGUGCUCUACAGAAUCACUAACGGAUCCAGUGUAUUCGGCAUUGACGAAAAAAGUGGGCUGAUAUACACAAACGGAAACAUUGAUCGAGAAGUGCGGAGCACCUACGGCCUAACCAUCACCGCUCAGGAUAAAGGCAAGCCACCGUUCUCGUCGUCGGUUCAUGUGCGAGUGCUCAUCACCGAUGUAAACGAUAAUCCCCCGUCGUGUUCGUCGACGACAUCGAUGGUGGUCCCAAUAGAUUCCACCCUCUUGACUACCGUUGGAACGGUGGUCGUCACCGAUCCAGACAACGGAGCCAACGGCACAGUGAUCUAUCGGAGUCAGCAAUCUCACCCGUUAUUCAUCGUCAAAAGCAAUGGUGAUGUGCAGCUACGACGCUCUCUCAGAGAAUCCGAUCCAAGCGAUGUCCGCCUUUCGAUUAUUGCUUCCGAUCAGGGAUUACCUCCAAAAUCGACUGUGUGCCAUGUACGAGUGAAAAUCGGUCAUGGAACAUCUGCUGUGAAGCUUAUUGAACCAUUUGAGAGGAACAUUCAUGUGCCGAAAGAUUGUCUGACUGGCUGCCAGCUACAACAAUUGAACGCCACUGGUGUUGCAAAGUGGCAAAUUCAAAGCAAUGGGAAGGCUGCACAUGAUAUCUCGUCCACGUUCGCGGAUGCCUUGGGCAUUGUCGUUGAUCCUCUCCGACCGUGA